GUGACAAGCAAAUUUCUUGUUGGGAACUCCGGUGUGAUGAAAGGCUAAGUUAGGCGUUUACUGUGAGAUGUGUAAAGUUCUUCUAUUUGACAGGCUCGUACUUGGAAGAUACAUUGUACUUCAUACUUUGAGUAAAAGUGGGUUGUCCCCAUUUCUAAAAAAAAAAAAAAGAUAAGUUUUAACAAUGUAAUUUCUGUUGAAUGUAAUAGGUAAUUUUUCCGCUGUCCACUGUACGCGCGUGUUCGUCUGGGGUGGACCUCAUCGCGCACGUGAAGUCCGUUCCCCAAGCCUUCCGGACGAGGCACGCGCUCACCGUUUAUUUCACUUACGCAGCGCAGCAGUAGUGCGCAGCUUUUCUCCCUGAGUCCCGCGAGCCUCCAGACACCGCUGACUCUCACCUCAGUCCCUGUGCGGCUCACUCUAGGAUAAACGACGAGUUCUGUGUUGGUGGCGAUGGUGAUUGACAGAUGAUCUGACAGAGGAAGACAUCAGACGCCGUCUCCGUGCUGGUUAUUAUGGGGUGUGCCUGUUGCAAGCAGAAGAAGUCCGCCAAAGCAGCAGCAGCAGCAGCAACAACAGCAGCAGUAGACGUUACAGAUCUGUCUCCUAGCAACGCUGAUGGAGGGUUGUCCACGGCCUUGACUCAGGGCCGUUACUGUCCCGACCCCACUCAGUCCAUCCCAGACUUCAACAAGGGCUUCUCAUGUGGCACCAUCUUCCCCAGCAACACACACCAACGGCCUGGAGGCGUAAUAAGUGGUGGAGUCACCCUCUUCAUAGCUCUGUAUGACUAUGACGCGCGCACUGAAGAUGACCUCACGUUCCAGAAAGGAGAGAAAUUUCAGAUCAUUAACAAUACAGAGGGCGACUGGUGGGAGGCUCGAUCUUUGGACACUGGCAACUCAGGUUACAUCCCUUCCAACUACGUAGCGCCUGUUGACUCCAUACAGGCUGAGGAGUGGUAUUUUGGGAAGAUGGGGAGGAAGGAUGCGGAGAGACAGCUGCUGGGCCAUGGCAACCAGAGGGGAACUUUUCUCAUACGAGAGAGCGAGACCACCAAGGGUGCUUACUCUCUGUCUAUCCGUGACUGGGACGACAACAAGGGAGACCACGUUAAGCAUUACAAGAUCCGCAAACUGGACAACGGUGGCUACUACAUCACCACGAGAUCACAGUUUGACACUGUUCAGCAGCUGGUAGAGCACUACACAGAGAGAGCGGCGGGACUGUGCUGCCGUUUGAUUGGCAGCUGUAAACGGGGCAUGCCUAAGCUGGCCGACUUAUCAGUGAAGACCAAGGAUAUGUGGGAGAUUCCCCGUGAAUCCCUCCAGCUGAUUAAGAAACUGGGCAAUGGCCAGUUUGGAGAAGUCUGGAUGGGCAUGUGGAACGGCACCACCAAGGUAGCAGUGAAGACUCUGAAGCCAGGAACCAUGUCCCCCGAGGCCUUCCUGGAGGAGGCUCAAAUCAUGAAGAGACUUCGCCAUGACAAGCUGGUGCAGCUCUAUGCCGUGGUUUCUGAGGAGCCUAUCUACAUUAUCACUGAGUUCAUGAGCCAAGGUAGUUUGCUGGACUUCUUAAAAGACGGAGAGGGGCAAAGCCUGAAGCUGCCUCAGCUGGUUGACAUGGCUGCACAGAUUGCAGCUGGAAUGGCGUACAUCGAGAGGAUGAACUACAUCCAUCGUGACCUGCGAGCAGCUAACAUCCUUGUUGGAGACAAUCUGGUAUGCAAGAUUGCUGACUUUGGCCUGGCGAGGCUCAUUGAGGACAAUGAGUACACAGCUAGACAAGGGGCGAAGUUCCCCAUCAAGUGGACGGCUCCAGAAGCUGCACUGUAUGGACGCUUUACCAUCAAGUCAGAUGUCUGGAGCUUCGGCAUCCUACUAACCGAACUCAUCACUAAAGGACGUGUGCCAUACCCAGGCAUGAACAACCGUGAGGUGCUGGAGCAGGUGGAGAGGGGCUACAGGAUGCCCUGUGCCCAGGGCUGCCCCGCCUCGCUCCAUGAACUGAUGCUGCAGUGCUGGAGGCGGGAGGCCGAUGAGAGGCACACUUUCGAGUACCUGCAGUCCUUCCUGGAGGAUUACUUCACCGCCACAGAGCCGCAGUACCAGCCCGGAGAAAACCUGUGACCCCACAUGUGUAGGACAGACAUGGAGUGAUAAACGGACAAACAGAGGCAGACACAUGUACACUGACAGGCAUGUUGUAGUACAUGUACAUGCUGUCAUUGUAAUUGUUGCUCGCAUACCGUACAUGGACACACACACACAACACACGCAUAUACAUAUCAUUGCCUUGUUUAAUUGUUUAAAGACAGUGUCCUCCCUUUGGUCACUGAUCACUGCAGCCCAUUUAGGACAGAUCAGUCAACCAUGUUGAAGAGCGGAGUCGGAGCUCUGCUGGUCAGGCCUUGCAGUAAUGUUGCUUUACUCCGUAACCAUGACAACAAGGAACUGAAAGAAGAUGUAGAUGGUUGUGCUGAGGUGGGGGGAAGUCGAGUUUGUACAUGAUCUGUUCAGCUACCAUGCAGUAUAUGUUGAUUUUUUCUCUUUGAGAACAAUGUUUACCUGAGAUAAAUACUGUAUGUUAUUAUGGAAAUGAAAGCAGGUGCAACAGGAUAUGACUACACUUGGAAUACUGUUUGAAAAAUGUCUGAAUGAACCCAAUGGACCUGUGAGGUAGAUGGAUAGAUUAUGUACUGACACAAGUACUUCUAGCUGUAAGAAGAUUAGAGCUCCUCCAGUAACUGAACAAAGGUCUGUUUUAAAGCUUGUCAUGUUAUUUACGUAAAAUGGCUUUUAACCUGAUCACAGAUCCAUGUCCGUGUCCUGACAAGGGGAACUGGUUUCAAACUUUCCACCAACAUGUGCCUUAAAGUGGUCAAAUGAGGGGCUGUUUUAGAUUUUAAGUACCUUUAAUACUAUAAUAAGCAAAGUCUCAGAGAUGGUAAGGAAUGCUCUCUGUUUGUCUGAUCAUUUGUAUGACAAUUUGUAUGAACUGUCUCUUCUCUUGUUUUAAUUUAACUCAGAUACAUCUGUGCAUCACAAAGACUUCUAUAACUAGUUAACAUGUAUACAGUGUUCAUCAACUGGGAGGGCAGGGUGGAAUGUUACACAUAAAGGGAAAGAUUAUUGUCAGUGGCGAGAUAGUGUUUCAUUGUAUUUUCUUGAAGAGAAUGAAACCUUUAUGCUGAGAUUCCCCUGUCAUGUUAUUUUAAUAAAAAUCAGAUAUCUUUUCCAA